GCUAAAACUGGAAUUGUUCUAAACCUGUGCGAUUUUAUGCUUACUUGCUGCACUUGUUCUACACGGAUUAUGCAUUGUUUGCGUUUAUUAAAGAGGCAAGCGAACACACAACGCCGUUAUCUUACGCUGAUGUUAUUGUUCUGCUACUUUGGAGAAAAACUUUCUCUGGAACCAGCUCAACGCGCAUCCUUGGUCCCGUGUUUGAACAUGCGGUAUAGCGGAAUGGAUUAAACCUGUUUCCCUGGAUCUUCCGGCAGCAAGCGAAUCAGAUACUCUGUAUGAGGGGUUUCUGUUAGCUAAAAUUUAUAGGUCUAAGUGAUACCAACGCAAACAUGGAGGAGGAAGGGCACCCAGAGAACGGAGUUCAGACCAUCAAAGAUCCGGACCGCCAACUCCGCCUGAGACUUUGCGUUUUAAAUGAAAUUUUGAAUACCGAGCGGGAUUACGUGAGGACUCUCCUUUUCCUUCAGUCCGCCUUUCUGCACCGGAUACAGCAAACUGCAGAAGAUCAGCAUUGUCUUUCCCCAGAAAAUGUCAAGGUUCUGUUCUCCAACAUUGAGGUUAUCCUGGAGGUUCACAAAGAGGUCCUGGCAGCCCUGGAGUCCAGUCUGCAGCCAGAGCCACAGCCACACCAUGCUCUCGGACACAUCUUCCUCCAGUUUAAAGGAAGAUUCUCUGUGUAUGGAGAGUACUGCAGUAACCACGAAAAAGCGCUCAGGCUUCUAAUGGAGCUGAACAAGAAUCCAAAUGUCAGAACCUUCCUGCUGCACUGUAUGCUUCUGGGAGGGAAGAAGACAACAGACAUUCCACUGGAGGGUUACCUGCUGACACCCAUCCAGAGAAUAUGCAAAUAUCCUCUCCUGCUGAAGGAGCUGCUGAAGAGGACACCCAAGAAGCACACAGACUACCCUGCUGUGGAAGUGGCCCUGCAGGCAAUGAAGGCAGUCUGCUCCAACAUCAACGAGACCAAGAGGCAGAUGGAGAAGCUGGAGGCCCUGGAGCAGCUCCAGUCUCACAUCGAGGGGUGGGAGGGUACCAAUCUCACAGACAUCUGCACAGAGUUGCUCCUCCAUGGCAAUUUGUUGAAGAUCUCUGCAGGAAAUAUUCAGGAGAGAGUCUUCUUUCUAUUUGACAACCUCCUGGUGUACUGCAAGCGGAAAUCACGGGUUGCAGGGAAGAAAUCUGUGAAGAGGACCAAGUCCAUCAAUGGGCCCCUGUAUGUUUUCAGGGGCAGAAUCAACACAGAGGUGAUGGAGGUGGAAAACGUGGAAGAUGGAACAGCUGACUAUCACAGCAACAACUACACUGUGACCAACGGCUGGAAAAUCCACAACACGGCGAAGAACAAGUGGUUCGUGUGCAUGGCGAAGAGCUCGGAGGAGAAGCAGAGGUGGCUGGACGCCAUCCUGAAGGAGCGAGAGCAGAGAGAGAGUCUUAAACUGGGAAUGGAGCGGGAUGCUUACGUGAUGAUCUCUGAGAAGGGAGAGAAGCUGUAUCACAUGAUGAUGAGCAAGAGCCGACACCUCAUCAAGGACCGACGCAGGAAGCUGAGCAUCGUGCCCAAGUGCUUUCUGGGAAAUGAGUUUGUGUCCUGGCUGAUGGAGAGCGGAGAGAUCAGCAAACCUGAGGAAGGUGUGAACCUGGGCCAGGCCCUGCUGGAGAACGGUAUCAUCCAUCACGUGUCUGAUAAGCACCAGUUCAAGAAUGAGCAGGUGCUGUAUCGAUUCCGUUAUGAUGAUGGAACCUACAAAGCCAGGAGUGAGAUGGAGGACAUUAUGUCAAAGGGUGUGAGGCUAUACUGUCGGCUCCACUGCCUAUUCACUCCUAUAGUGAAGGAUAGAGACUACCAUUUGAAAACAUUCAAGUCUGUGGUUCCAGCAAACAAACUGGUCGAUUGGCUUAUAUCUCAGGGGGACUGCUCCACCCGAGAGGAUGCGGUGGCCCUGGGGGUGGGGCUUUGCAACAACGGCUUCAUGCACCACGUGCUGGAGAAAAGCGAGUUCAAAGACGAGUCGCAGUUCUUCCGCUUCUACGCCGACGAAGAAAUGGAGGGCACCAGCUCCAAGAGCAAACAGCUGCGCAACGACUUCAAACUAAUCGAGAACAUCGUGGCCAAGUCCCUGCUGAUCCACCCCCAGGAGGAGGACUAUGGCUUUGAGAUUGAGGAGAAGAACAAGGCCAUCAUAGUGAAAUCGGUUCGCCGCGGCUCCCAUGCAGAGAUGGCUGGGCUCCACGCGGGUAGGAAAAUCUACACCAUCAACGAGGACCUGGUGUUCCUCAGGCCCCUGUCUGAGGUGGAGACCGUGAUCAGCCAGGCCUUCUGCCUCCGACGCUCCCUGCACCUGCUGGUGGCCACCAAGGCUAAAGAGAUUGUGAAGAUCCCGGACUGUCCGGAUGCUCUGUCCUUUAAAAUCCGAGGCACGGCCCCUCCUUACGUCCACGCUGUGAGAAAAGGUUCAGAGGCGGCUUCAGCAGGUCUUCAGCCAGGACAGUGCAUCCUGAAAGUCAACGGCAACAGUGUCCACAACGACAGCGACCUGGCGGUCCUGGGCUACUUCUCAGCCCAUCGAACCAAUCAGGAGCAGCAGCAGCUGGGCCUGACUCAGUGGGUAUACAGGACGUUUGAGGAUGCGGAAGAGGAAAAGUCCUUGAGACCCAGCAUAUCAGAGACGGGAUCUGAUACCGAGGAAGAGGAUGUCAUAAACGGAACAGGGAAGGAUUUCAGCCAGUUAAGCAUCUCAGAUGAGGCUCCGCUGGUUAGCCUGACAGUGGACAACGUGCACCUUGAACAUGGUGUGUUCUAUGAGUACGUCAGCACCACCGGUAUCAAGUGUCACGUCCUGGAGAAGAUGGUCGAGCCCAAGGGCUGCUUCAGUCUCGCAGCUAAGAUUUUAGAGGCCUUUGUGAGUGAUGACAGCCAGUUUGUGAAGAGCUGCAGCCGCCUGAUCUCCCAGAGCGACCGGGUGGCCACCAUGCCACAGUACGAGUUCCGCAACAUCUGCGACACCAAGCUGGAGAGCGUGCGCAGACGCAUCGUCAGCUACCAGCAGUUUGCUCUGGAGCUGAGGAACAAGGCCUGGCCAACGUUUAAACAAGCCACCAACAGGCCUCACCCCCUGGGCUGCAUGGACUUCGUCCCCACCAACUGCCACAUUAACCUGGUGCAGGUGUCCUACCCCCGGAGCAGCACGUCCGCCGGCCGAACCUUCAGCAUCCGCUUCAGCCGCAAGAACUCCUUCUUUGGGCUGGACCCGGACCAAGCGAACCUGAACCCCAUGUCGCACACGCAGCACUGCAUCACCAGCAUGGCGGCGCCGUGCUGGAGCUGCCACACCCAGGAGGAGUGGGAAGACUGCCCCCCGCACGCCAACGGGAGCGUCCUGGACUCCAGCGCCGAGGGGACGUCCCUCCAGGAGGGGUGCGGUCUGAGCCUCCUCCUAAAACAGGAGGACGUGGAGACCCAAGACGCAUAUCUCCGCCUCUUCAACCGCAUGGACGUCGCCUUGAAGGAGAUGAAGCUGUACGUGGCCCAGAUAGACGUGCUCUUAUCCUCUAUAACAGAGCCCACCCAGCCUGAUGUUUGUGACCCGCCCACCUCAGAGGAGACUCCUCCCACUUCCCUGGUGUCAGAGGAGGGGGACCUGGGCAAGGCGGAGCAGUGUGGGAUCAAGAAGGUCUGCUUCAAAGUGUCCGAGGAAGACCAGGAGGACUCGGGGCACGACACCAUGAGCUACAGAGACUCUUACAGUGAGUGCAACAGCAAUCGGGACUCUGUGCUGUCCUACACCAGCGUACGCAGUAACAGCUCCUACCUGGGCAGUGACGAGAUGGGGUCAGGUGACGAGUUGCCUUGUGACAUGAGAAUCCCCUCGGACAAGCAGGACAAACUGCACGGGUGCCUGGAGCACCUCUUUAACCAGGUUGACUCUAUAAACAGUCUGCUGAAGGGCCCAGUCAUGGCCAAGGCAUCUGAGGAAACCAAGCACUUUCCAAUGGAGCACAGUCAUCCAGAACUCGGCCACACUGACGACUGGACGAUGCACUGCCGGUGCCUCAUACACAAGAACAUCCAGGAGGAUCCCUGGAACCUGCCCACCUCCAUCAAAACCCUGGUGGAGAGCCUGCAGAGGUUUGUGGAAGAUGGCAAGAAUCAGCUGCUUCUGGCUUUGCUGAAAUGUACAGACACAGACUUGCAGCUGCGGAGGGAUGUGAUCUUCUGUCAGAGCGUGGUGGGGGCCGUAUGCACCCUGACCGAGCAGCUGCAGGCUGCCCUCAGUUUCCGCUACAACAACAACGGCGAGUACGAGGAGGACAGCGGGGAGGUCAGCAGGAAGUGGCUGGAGCAGAUCGCCGCCAUCGGGGUGCUCUUCAACUUCCAGUCCAUGCUGUCUCCCUAUGUGCAGGAGGAACGAAUAAUGCUAGAGGACACCAAGGGAGCGUUGCAAGACUUGGACAAAGUCACUGUUUUCUUCCGGCAGCUGGAGGAUGAGUGCCUGGUCACAAACACGUCGGUGUACUACCACGUGGACGGCAGCCGGCAGGCGCUGAGGAUCACCCUGUACCUGGACGGAUGCCACUUCUGCAAGCUGCCCAGCCGCCUGCAGAACGGGGGCAGCCUCCGGCUCCACACCGUGCUCUUCUCCAGAGCGCUGGAGAGGCCAGAGGGAGUCUCUCUGCAGGACUGUGUGUCUGUGGAGGAGUUUCAGCAGCGCACCAACGCCGUCUCUCUGGAGAAGGUCAAGUCCUACUACCGCAAACUCAGGGCAUUUUACCUGGAGAAAUCCAAUUUACCGACAGAUUCCAACUCCACGGCUGUUAAGAUAGACCAGCUCCUGCGACCUCUGAACGCCCUGGACGACCUCUGUCGGCUGAUGCAGUCCUACAUCAACGUCAAGCCCAGCGGCAGCACUCAUCCAUCGGGGGUCAGCAUCCUGCCGGUGUCCUCAGAGCUCUGCAACCGGCUGGGCGCCUGCCACAUCACCAUGUGCACCACGGGCAUGCAGAGGUGCACUCUGAGCGUGUCCCUGGAGCAGGCCAUCAUCCUGGCCAGGAACCACGGCCUGCUGCCCAGAUGCAUCAUGCAGGCCACUGAUAUCAUGCGCAAACAGGGAGCGCGGGUUGAAAUCUCUGCUAAAAACUUGAAAGUAAUGGACCAGAUGCCUCUCUCUGCACCAAGGCUUUUCAAGUUAUGUUUACCACCCUCAGAUGGAGAUCUGUAAGGAACAU